AGUCUAGAUUUGAGGGUUUUGGAGGUGCUGGGGUACCAUUAUAUAUAUACAAUAUAUAAUACAUUAAUAUAUAUAUAUAAUAUAAUUCUAUUCAGUGGUUUCUGCGUAGAUGCUAUAUAUCAUCUAUAUAUAACACAUUUAAAUUCACACACACUUACAUAUAUACAUAUGCACACACAUAUAUCAAUCAAUCAAUAAAUCAAUCAAUGUUUACUUAUAUAGCCCUAAAUCACUAGUGUCUCAAAGGGCUGCACAAACCACUACGACAUCCUCGGUAGGCCCACAUAAGGGCAAGGAAAACUCACACCCAGUGGAACGUCGGUGACAAUGAUGACUAUGAGAACCUUGGAGAGGAGGAAAGCCAUGGACGUCGAGCAGGUCUAACAUGAUACUGUGAAAGUUCAAUCCAUAAUGGAUCCAACACAGCAGCGAGAGUCCCGUUCACAGCGGAGCCAGCAGGAAACCAUCCCAAGCGGAGGCGGAUCAGCAGCACAGAGAUGUCCCCAGCCGAUACACAGGCAAGCAGUACAUGGCCACCGGAUCGGACCGGACCCCCUCCACAAGGGAGAGUGGGCACAUAGAAGAAAAAGAAAAGAAACGGCAGAUCAACUGGUCUAAAAAGGGAGUCUAUUUAAAGGCUAGAGUAUACAAAUGAGUUUUAAGGUGAGACUUAAAUGCUUCUACUGAGGUGGCAUCUCGAACUGUUACCGGGAGGGCAUUCCAGAGUACUGGAGCCCGAACGGAAAAGGCUCUAUAGCCCGCAGACUUUUUUUGGGCUUUGGGAAUCACUAAUAAGCCGGAGUCCUUUGAAGGCAGAUUUCUUGCCGGGACAUAUGGUACAAUACAGCCGGCAAGAUAGGAUGGAGCUAGACCGUGUAGUAUUUUAUACGUAAGUAGUAAAACCUUAAAGUCACAUCUUAAGUGCACAGGAAGCCAGUACAGGCGUAAUGUGAUCAAACUUUCUUGUUCUUGUCAAAAGUCUAGCAGCCGCAUUUUGUACCAACUGUAAUCUGUAUAUACAAUCUAUAUAUAUAUAUACCCAAUGCAUUUUUAAGCACUUAAUAGAUUUCGAACAUGAUAAAACGGUCAUCAAAGUGUCCCUUCAGAGACGUAAACAGGUCACUGCAGUUCCCCAGACGAGCACACGAGGGCGCUGUUCCCGCCAGCUGCAGAUCGCUAGUGUUUGCCGAAGGAUUGUGUUGUGUUGUGUUGUGUUGUGUUGCUUCCCAAAGCUUGGCCAACUUGACUUUGCUGCUACCGAACAUGUUGUGGAAGUGUGCUGGGCGGGCCGUGUGACCGAGCGUGGCCCGGGGAAGCUGCGUGGCGGCGUCACGUCAGAAGCAGCAAAAGUUAGCUGCGCGGCUAAAAAAAAAACCCCGAACCAGGUCGGUGUGGAUUGUGGACCCCAUGGAAAAGUUCGAGCCGCCCUCCUGACUUUGGACCUCAUGCCUUGACACAACUGCGCAGGCUUUAAAUUCGCCUUCUUACGGGCUUUUACGCAGUUUGACACAAAACGAGACGUUGUGGAUUUGGACCGGACGCUCGGAACCGCUGUUAACCGGACCGGUUCUUCUUGGGGCAGCGAUGCGGUAGACAGGGAGGCCGCAGCGUCGCCCGUCCGAACCGCUGAUUUGGCGGCAGGAGGUGAGCGGCGACCGGGGCCUGCUGGUCAGGCUUCUAGCGGGCUCGAGUAGGGCCUCUCGCCGCCCAGCGGGGCUCACUGGCCGGCGCUGACUGCCGCCUCCGCCCGGGGACAGGAGAUGGAGCGGAUGGAAGUGGACCAUUGCGCAGGCGCAGCCGGCGGGACUUUACGCAGGUCCAAUAGCGCCCCCAUGAUUACGAGUGUCGGGUUAGUGCUACUACAGGCGAGCGCAUGGCCGCCUCCAGCCAGGUCUCCGUCCGAUACCGACGAGUGUCCGUCAACUGCAGCUCUCAGGAGGACAACAUGGACGCAGCAUUGGGAGGAACCCUGCAGAGAACACAAGUGUGUAAACACUUCCUGUGUGCGUCUCCCAGCAGCGACGGGGCGGUUCCUGUCAGCAGCUCCUGGCACGAGCACCCUCGUGAGUGGGUUCGCUCGGACGACAGCACCGUCACGCCAAACUCCUCGCCCAGUCCCAGCCGGAGGUUCAGCAGACCUGCGGGCAGAGCCUGUGUCCGAUGGCCCUCCUUGACGCCGCUCAAGAGGAAAGGGGGGGCGGAGUCAGAUGGUCCGCCCAAAAAGCUUUUUGUCACCGGCGUCCUGGACCCCGCCGCCCACGCGGCCAGCGCCUCGCUUGCAGACUCUGCCCCCAGCCCUCAGUCGUCUCCGCUCGCCCCCCACCUGCACCCGGCGCAUUAACAACCCUUUCCUAAAGGCAGUGGGCGGAGCCAGAAGUGCCUUAGAGCGACAUCCAGCACGUCUUUAGCCAGCAAGGAGCAACACGUGCACAAACUCUACCGCGCACGUUCAAACCGGACGCUUCUUUUUAUUUUUUAGGCGUCCGGAGGGUCCUUAUUUCUCCACUUGAAGUGAAGGAUUUGCACUCGUAUGAAGCCAAAGAGCACCUCGGCGCUCAUUUCCAGACUUUUGGAAUUCAGCUUGCCGCCUCGAAUGUGUUUGUCGGAGGCCAGCGAGCGAGGCAGUCGUCGUCAUGGCGACGGCUUGAAGUAUUCGGUUUGUACGACAAGACUUUUCACAGGAAGGAAAAAGAACAAAAUGUAUUUUUAUGCAAUGUCGAUACAGGAUUAAUAAACGUGUCAAACAGCCGCA